AUGAAAGCACCUCCUGGUGAUCUACCUAAGGGGGACUCUCGGGUAUGCAAAUUUCAAAGAUCCUUAUAUGGUUUGAAGCAAGCAUCCAGACAAUGGAAUUCGAAGUUCAAAUCUAUGUUAUUUGACAUUGGAUUUACACAGUCAAAGGCAGAUUACUCCUUGUUUACUAAGAAGGAAGGACAUUCAUUUGUGGUUUUAUUGCUUUAUGUGGAUUAUAUCUUGCUUGCUAGCAGUGAUUUAGAGGCAAUUGAAUCUAUCGAAGCAACCUUAACUCUUUAUUUUAAAUUGAAAGAUUUGGGACCAGCCAAGUUCUUUCUCGGGAUGGAAAUUGCAAGAUCACAAAGAGGCAUUUCUUUAUCUCAAAGAAAAUACACUUUAGAGCUACUAGAAGAUUUUGGUUUAUUAGAUGUCAAACCUGUUUUGUUUCCACUGGAUACUUAUGUUAAAUUGUCAAAAGAUGAAGGUGACUUGGUUGAUGAUAUUUCUGGUUAUAGAAGAUUGAAUGGCAGAUUAAUUUACCUUACUCAUACCAGACCAAACAUUACUUUUGCAGUCCACCAUUUGAGUCAAUAUCUAGAUAGUCCUCGAAUACCUCAUCUUCAAGCUGCAAUGAGGAUUCUCAUAUACUUGAAAUUAGCUCUUGGACAAGGUCUUUUAUUUCCAAGUGAUUCCAAAGUGCAUAUAAAGGCAUUUUCAGACUCAAAUUGGGCAAGUUGUAUAGAUACUCGCAGGUCAGUCAGUGAGUAUUGUGUCAUUGGGGAUUCUCUGGUAUCUUGGAAAUCGAAGAAGCAAUAUACAGUUUCUAGAUCAUCAGUAGAAGCUGAAUAUAGAUCAAUAGCAUUUACAUUUUGUGAAAUAAUAUGGAUUCAGGCAUUACUUAAGGAUCUGCAUCAAUCACAUACACAGUUAGUUUUAUUGUUUUGUGAUAAUCAAGCUGCUCUUCAUAUAGCAGACAAUCCAGUUCAUCAUGAACGGACCAAACAUAUAGAGCUGGAUUGUCAUUUGGUGCAUGAGAAAAUAGAAGAAGGAUCACUGACUGUUCUACAUAUUGCUUAUGUUCAUCAAAUCGCAGAUUUGAUGACUUAG